GAUGAGGGCAAAGCUAUCAUUGUAGAAGACACUCUUCUGGAACUGGACUUUGACCAGGAACAUGCACAGAGGACAGAUACACGUAAACUGCACAUUGAUCUUCAAAAACUUUCUGAAAAAGAGGUGAAGCUGAAUCUUCAUAUCAUUACCCUAUCUGACUACUGGAGGCAGGACAUGAUCCCAAGAGGUUUGAGAUUGAAUAAAUUUCCCUCAUUUGGCUAUGAUAAUGUGGAUUUUAAGGAUAAAUGGGAAGCUAUUCUUAAUAAAUGCUCCCUAGACUUAAUCCUCUUGUUAAUUGAAGAAGCCAGAAAGCAGAAGUCAGUUGUACAAUCUCAUAUUGAGGAUUUGAAAUCUCAGCUCAUCCAGACAGAAUCAGAGGAACACAGGUUGCCUUUUGAAAAUAAACUAAAAGAAGAUCUUGAUAAAUUGUCAACAAAAUUGAAACAAGGCAAAAUAAUCAAAUUUAAGCGAGACUGUAAUGACUAUAGUAAUUGUUCUAUAUAUGGCUGGGGCAAGAAGGGACACCUGACAAAAAGAAGAGUGUCUUUUAAUCUUCCAAGCACUGAUGAUGAGAAUUAUGAUGAAACUCAUGACCGUGACAAAAUUGCUGAUGUGUAUGACAGAAAUGCUUUUUUGGAAUCUCGCCCCAGACAGCACAACCAACCUUACAAAAGAGGAAGAGGAAAACGCGGAGGGGUGGAAAGUGGCAGAACCCACUCUCAGGAACCACCAAUCACAAGGAGCCGGUUGAAGCAUCGGUAGACCAUUUGACACCAAAGUGGACCUCUAUCGAUUCUAUAGAAGUCUACAUUUGAAGGCCUGGUACUCCCAGAACGCACAGGGUGCAGCUACCUACUCAACCACCACGGUAAACUCUUCUUUUCGGCCCAAGUCUACUUUUUCACCUUGUACCACCAAUCCCAUAUUGACUACUUUCACCAAAAAGGUGUCCUAUGAAGUAGAAAAGCUUUACAGUAAACAAAAAAAGAUCACCCAGCAUAAUCUUACACAAAAUGAAUCUCAAGCACUUAAGUGGCUUUCGGAGAGAGAUGAUAUAAUCAUAAAAAGUGCUGAUAAGGGUGGUGCUGUCUGUGUGUGGGACAAGAAGAAGUAUAUAAGUGAAGCUCUUCGCCAGCUAGACAACACUCAGUAUUACUCAAAGCCCUCAUCCAAUCCAAUGAACACUAUAAGAAGAGAGCAGGAGCAAUUGCUUAAUGAGGCAAAAUCACAUAAUUGGAUUACUAAGAGAGAAUAUGAGUUUUUGCUUUGUCAACACCCACGUUAUUCUACUUUUUAUAUGCUCCCCAAAGUCCACAAGGAUCUGGAAAAUCCACCUGGCAGACCGAUAAUCAGCGGGAAUGACUCAAUAACAGAACCUGCUUCCAAGUUUGUGGAUUAUUUUAUCAAGCCAUUUGUGGCAGAUUUACCUUCUUAUAUUCAAGAUACUACACAGGUUUUAAAGAAAAUUGAACAAAUAGGCAACAUAGGCUCCUGCAUUAUGGCCACAAUGGAUGUGGAGUCCCUAUAUAGCAAUAUUGUACAUAACGAGGGUUUAGAGGCUUUGAAACACUAUCUCUCAUCCAGACCUGAACAUUUGAUGCCUCCCAGUGACUUUAUAGUGCAACUUACUGAGUGGACUUUAAAGAACAACAUCUUUCUCUUUCAAGACAUAUUGUAUAGACAAGAAAAGGGGACUGCAAUGGGUGCUUGUUUUGCUCCCAACUAUGCCAAUCUGUUUCUAGGCUUAUGGGAGGAGCGCUAUAUAUUUUCCCACGUCAACCCUUUUAAAGAUAAAAUCUUGUGGUGGGGUAGAUAUAUUGACGAUGUGAUUUUGAUGUUCUCAGGUUCAGAAAAAGAACUUGUAGACUUCCAUGUAUAUGUUAAUAGCUUAAAUGAGAACCUUAAAUUUAGUUUGGAUUAUGAUUUACACACUAUCAACUUUCUUGAUCUACGGAUCUCAAAAGAUAAUGAGGGAUUCCUACAUACAUCUAUCUUCAGAAAGUCAACAGAUCGUAAUACCUUGCUGCAUGCUAAUAGUUUUCAUCCCCCAUGGCUUAUUGAUAACAUACCCUUUGGACAGAUCCAGAGACUAAGGCGUAUAUGUGAUUCAGAUCAGGAUUUCCAGUAUCAGUCUUUGGAUAUGCAGCGGCGUUUUCAACAAAGAGGUUACCAAACAAAAACUCUUGUUCAAGCUCAUAAUCGAGCCCAAUCACUUGAAAGGAAGAGCUUGCUUCAGUCUAGACCCAAUAGAGUAUCAACACAGAAACCCUAUUUUGUCACUCAUUACAGCAAGGAGGCUGUCCAGAUUAAACACAUUAUAAAGAAAAACUGGAACAUUAUUGAAUGUGACCCAACUUUACGGGAAAUAUUCACGGAACCCCCUGGAAUCAGUUUUAGGAGGGCCCCCACACUUAAGGACAGGCCUUACUAA